AUGCAGAAAUGGAGCGAUUUAUCAGCCGCAAAAAAGGGCAUGAUCAUUGGCUUUUGGGCCAAGAGUGGUAGCAUUUCCGAAAUGGCUAAUUUUGAAAAAUGUUCGAAGGUCUCCAAAGUAAAAGUACAUCGUGAAUGGCAAAAUGGCACUAUCCAAAAUCAGCGAAGUGACAAAUGUGGUACACCACAGGCCAUGGAUAGUAGAGGUGAGCGACGGUUGCGGAGAUGCGUACGGACAAAUAGACGUGCAACCGUUGAGCAACUGACCACUCAAAUGAACCAAGGGGCUACCAACAAUGUCUCCACAACGACGGUUCAGCGAACGUCGCUGCGUAUGGGCCUCUGCAGCAAACCCCACCUAUGCUGA